AUGGAGAUGGGGAAUGACGACGAAGUUUUGGUCCUUGGCAUUGUUUACAUGGCUGGCAAAAGCAAAAAGUUGUUAGAUGAUCAGAGGGAGAAUAAAAACAGUGGUAGAUCACUGUCACAAUGCAACUUGUUUUCGGGCAAAUGGGUUUAUGACAAGUCCUACCCUCUCUACAGAGAGCAACAUUGCUUGUACCAAUUCGAUGGCGUAGCUUGUGAGAAGGACGGGCUAAAAGAUUUGAACUACCAACAUUGGAGGUGGCAGCCUCAUGAUUGUGACCUUCCAAGGUUUAAUGCCAUAGCGAUGCUGGAGAGGCUAAGGGGAAAGAGACUUGUGUUCGUUGGGGAUUCGAUAACUAGAAAUCAAUGGGCUUCAAUGGUCUGUUUGCUCGAGUCAUUCAUUCCUCCCGCUUUCAAAUCUGUGAACUCUAGUGGCUCCUUGGCAAUCUUCAAGGUUAUGGAAUACAAUGCAUCAAUUAAGCAUUACUGGUCACCAUUUCUAGUGGAAUCGAGCUCUGAUCAUCCAAUGAACCAUCAUUUUUCAUCAAAACAAAUUGUGAGAGUUCAGGAGAUUGAAAAUCACGCUAGGCAUUGGACUGAUGCAGAUAUUCUUGUCUUCAAUUCCUACAUUUGGUGGAGAAAACCAAAACUUAAGGCUUUGUGGGGAUCAUUUGAUGGAGUCUACAAAGAAGUCGACAUGCCACGUGGGUAUGAGAUGGCUUUAAAGACAUGGCUAGAUGGUUUGGACAUCCACGUAAAUCUUAACAGAACCAAAUUAUAUUUUGUUAGCAAUUCGCCCACUCACGAAAGGUUUAAUUUGCAGCUGAAAAAUCUAAGAAAUCUCCUAAAUGUUGAUUUGUGA